AAAAAUAAGGUUCAUAUUAGAUUCUAUUCCAAGCCCAAACCACUUCAGGCCCAUGGCUUGUCCUUUGCAGGUUGAGUCGAACUGAACUCAUCUAGCCGGAAAACAAAAAGCUGACCGGUAAACGCUACGGAGUUGCUCAUCGGCCUUCAAAACAGUGAGAAUCCCAGGUUUAACUCUCUCCCUUUUCUUUCGAAUUUUCCUUCCCUUUCGCGCGCGCGACUAUUCGAUUCCAGCGUGAUUUGCGGCCACCGUUGCCGCUCCACCAGAAGAAUUUUGUGGUGAAGAUGUACCUGUAGCUCCAACUGAAAAUCUUGAAUCUGUCUCUGAUGGAAAAAGGCAAUGGCUGCUGCUUCUCUAGUGUAUCUUCAGCUGUUAUUCUUUCAACUGUCGCUUUCGUUGUCAUCUUGAUCUUUGUUCGUGUCCUUUAUGUCAUAUAUUAUUGUAGUGGAAGACCCUUGAGCAAAAGAGCAUCAAAACCUGUUAGUACCCUUAUUAUUUUAGGAUCAGGGGGUCAUACUGCCGAGAUGCUUAAUCUAUUGGCAGUGUUACAGAAAGAUAGGUUUACUCCGAGAUUCUACAUUGCUGCUGCUACUGAUAAUAUGAGUCUUCAAAAAGCUAUGUUGUUGGAGAACUCCCUUGCAUCUGAGAGUGGAAUAGACGUUGCUAAUACUGCACAGUUCAUGAAGAUUUAUCGAAGUAGGGAAGUUGGUCAAUCAUAUAUAACCUCAGUUUGGACUACUUUAAUCGCAAUAGUCCAUGCAUUAUGGCUGAUGAUUAAAAUUAGGCCUGAAGUGAUACUUUGCAAUGGACCUGGAACUUGCAUUCCCCUUUGUGUUAUUGCCUUUAUAUUUAAGGUACUUGGAAUCAGAUGGUCGUCAAUUUUUUACGUCGAGAGUAUCGCAAGAGUGAAAAGGCUCUCCUUGAGUGGCUUGCUCCUAUACAAGUUGUCGAUGGCAGACCAAAUUUUUGUUCAAUGGCCACAGUUGCAACGACAAUAUCCCCGAGCUACCUAUGUUGGUAGACUCAUGUAAUCAAUCGAACAAAUUUGUAUUAUGCAAUCAACAAAUUUCAAAUUUUGCUUAUAAUAUUUCUAUAAAGCAAGAUAUUCAGAGCUUUAA